CUGCUGCUGGAGUACGGCUGGUUGCUGCUUCUGCGAGCUGUCUACAGGCCUUGUUCUGCUACAUAUUCGCAAGCCUCGAACAUCAUCUUCAUCUAAGCUCAACCGCUCAUUUUCACUGCUAUUUUAUAUUUACUAACGUUGUUUAUAUCCAUCCCAAUACGUAUUUUUGUGAUUUUUCGCGUAUAGGCUGAUUUAGCAGUACCUGUGCGUGGCCCUUUCUUUGGUCAUCCGUGUUAACGUGCUUCGUAUCUGUGUCGUAGUGCAUUUGCGUAGUUGACAGCCGUGUUUUAGAUUAAAUAUUCACUUUCUUGUUUCUUUUUUUUUUCAUGGUGUAAUUCUGAAUUGAAAGUGUGCGCAACAUGACGCGUGUGUUAGUAGCGGGCGAUUCAAUGGUGAAAUACGUCGACCAGUAUUUCCCAUCGCGCCGUGGCUUGUCUGUUAGCGUUGCCGCACACAGAGGAAUAAGGAUUGAGCACUUGCACUCAAUGAUUGCUGACAAGCUGGCCAGUUUUGAUGUUGUCAUUGUACAUGUUGGCACGAACAACACUGUUGACAGUGUCAACAUGUGCAUGGACAAAUAUCGCCAGCUCGCUCAGGGAAUCAUCGAAAGCAAUCCCACGUUGCAUGUAGCUUUUUCUGCAAUUCUUCCUCGGGGGCAGAAUCGGUACCGCCAAGGGGAAGAACAGUUGUGUGAUGUUUGUCAUUUUAAUGACCACUACAGGAAUGUGAAUGCCACACUCGCACAGCUUUGCCUGGAGAGGGGCUUCACUAUCCUGGAUAGUCUUGUGGACAGCUGGCCUGGAUUCCUGAGCAGGGAUGGUGUCCACCCCAGCCGGCUUGGCAACAAGGUGCUGGCAGACUUCCUGCACCGUGAGGCCCAUCUAGAGAGGAGACACCCAUCUAGAGAGGAGACACAUCCAACAGUCCUACAAGGAGUCCAAGGCAUCUGCAUGGAGUGGGUGGGCUCGGCAGGAGCACUUUUCCAUCAACUUGGAAGUCGAUUUUCCAGCACUUGGUCCAGUACAUUGUGGACUCACCCUGUUGUCAAGUCGUCAGGAAGUUGGAUGAUGCUGUCUUCUUCUAGCUAAAUUAUGCAACUACUAAGAAGGGGAUCAGAAUUCUAUUUUGUAGCAGUUAUUUUACAAAUAAAUGUUAGUAAAAUUUUU